AUGGACAAUGACCUGCGGUCAAAAGCCUGGCCCGACCAAGAGGGCAGGCUGACCAGACAUAAUUCGCUCGAGGCAUUCAGCAACCUGCCGCCGUUGAGAACCGACAUCGAUCGAAGCUACCCGGGGGCACUGAACGAAAAGGCCGACCCAAGGAGCAUGGCGUCGACGCCGACGCUCGAGGCCCAGGACGAGGCCAAGGGCGGCCACGACCACGACCACCACGACCACGCGGGCGGCGUCGACAUCUUCGACCCCAACCGACCCAAGCUCGGGUUCAAGCAGCGACUGCACCACUUCACCUGGGCGUGGUUCACGCUGCCCAUGAGCACGGGCGGCCUGUCGCUCCUCAUCUUUGCGCAGCCUCAUCAGUUCCCCGGCCUCAAGACCAUCGGCAUGGUGGUCUACAUCGUCAACAUCAUCAUCUACGUGACGCUCGCGGCGCUCAUGGUGGCCCGGUUCCUCAUCCACUCGGGCGACAUGUCCAAGUCGCUCAAGCACCCGCGCGAGGGCUUCUUCGUGCCGACCUUCUUCCUGGCAACGGCGACGCUCAUCACCAGCUCGGACCGGUACGCGAUUCCCAAAAACGACGUCGGCCUGGUGUGGGCGGUGCAGGGCGCCUUCUGGGCGUACGUGGUGGCGACGCUGAUCCUGGCCGUGGGCCAGUACAGCUACGUUUUUGCGGCGCACAGCUUCGGCCUGCAGACCAUGAUGCCGACGUGGAUCCUGCCCAUCUUCCCCAUCAUGCUGUCGGGCACGAUUGCCUCGGUCAUUGCCGAGACGCAGCCGGCGGCGGCGGCCAUGUCCAUUGUCGUGGCCGGGCUGUCGUGCCAGGGGCUGGGGUUCGCGGUCGCCGUCCUCAUGUACGCCCACAUGGUCGGCCGGCUGAUGCAGGCCGGGUUGCCGAAUCGGGAGCACCGGCCCGGCCUGUUCAUGUGCGUGGGGCCGCCGGCCUUCACGGCCCUCGCCGUCAUCGGCAUGGCCAAGGGCAUCCCCGCCACCGCCAGCCAGAACCACAUUGGCAUGCCCGUGGACCUGACCACCAUCCGCACCAUGGCCCUCAUCAGCGCCAUCUUCCUGUGGUCCCUGAGCCUGUGGUGGUUCUUCAUCGCCGUCAUCGCCGUCGUCCAGUCCCUCCCCAAGUACUUCCACCUCGGCUGGUGGGCCAUGGUCUUCCCCAACACGGGCUUCAUCCUGGCCACCAUUUCCAUCGGCAACGAGCUGGGCAACGAGGGCGUCUUGUGGUUUGCCACCGGUCUCAGCAUCUGUCUUCUGGGCAUGUACUUCUUUGUCUUGUUCUUCAACAUCAAGGCCGUCAUCACACAGGACAUUAUGUACCCCGGGCGGGACGAGGAUGUGGAAGACCACUAG